AUGCCGAGAACAGCAAUUGCUGGUAAUAAUCUUAUACAACGACUGGGGAAGCGUUCAAAAUACAUAAUAACAUAUAAUGAUUAUAUACCUAAAUCCCAGGGUGACGUUUUAGACUGCCCGCUAUGCCUCUCCACAUUCAACGCCUCCACCAUGGUGAGACUCGCCUGGUGUUCACACCGCUGCUGCGAGUCAUGCCUACGCCAGUACUUAGCUAUAGAAAUCUUCGAGGCCAGAGUUCCGGUCAACUGCCCCGUCUGUCACGAGAGCAUGCAUCCGUCUGUUGGGACUUGGGGCCCUGUGCUGCAGCCCAAAAAGCCCUUAUGUAGAUCCACCCCUGGCGUCACUAGAUUAUUUAUUAUUAAUAGCGUAAAUGAUCUCUAA